AUGGUUUUCGAACUCCUGCUACUUCCUCUAUUUGUUUUAGGAUGCACUGAGCCGCCUUCUCAUAAUCUCCAAUUCUCUGAACGCCGCAAACUCUUAGGCCCUCCUGUUACCGAGCCAAACUGAGAAGGAAUUCGCAUUAAAACUUACUUUGAAGCAUCCUCAUCCUCCUCUUUUUCUUCAUCACUUUCAAAAGAAUACAUCCCAAAUGCCCUUAAUUACUAUAAUCAUGCAAUAAAAGUUGUAAAAGUUUCUACUCUGACCGUAUCCUCUACCUCCUGCUUAAAUUACACAAUUCCUAGUGAAUUAAAUAAAGGAAUUACAGAUGGAGAUGUCGCGAUACUUUUUAAAUAUAAUGCAACUGGGGACGACUUGGCUUGAGCUCAAAUUUGUGAAGUUGACCCUGAUCUAAGCAUGAGACCAAUUUUAGGAGUUAUUUAUAUACAAGGGACAUGGGAAAACAAAACUUGGGAACAGAUUUAUGCUCAAGUUGUGCAUCAAAUCGCACAUAUUUUGGUAUUCAAUGCAAAACUGCUGCCUUAUUUUAGUGAAAAGCAAGGAGAAUGGCUGGGAAUUUCUAAUGUAUUGGGAAGCUAUUAUAGAAGAAGCUCAGAGGUGUCAUAUAUAAAAACAUCAAGCGUUAUUAAUAAGGCAGAAAUUGCAUUUGGGUGUAAUAAUUUAUAUGGGAUGGAUUUAGCAAGUAUUACUUCUGACACUGCAUCAUCAAUACACUGGUCAAAAAGACUGAUGUUUAAUGACUUUAUGGUCCCGGAUUCAGAUGUUUACUAUGUAGUUUAUUCAGAUAUAUCGCUAGCACUGUUUCAGGACUCUGGGUGAUAUCAAGCCAAUUAUGAUUAUUCUGACACCAUUGUGUGGGGUUACCAGGCAGGCUGCACAUUUUUUACAGAUAGCUGUGUAACUGAUGGUGCUCCGAAUUUUUCGAAUUUUUGCAAUUUAACAUCUGGGACUUCUUAUUGUGAUGCUACCCAUACGUUUAAAGGAAUGUGCAAUUUAGGAACCUACACUGAUAAGAUCCCAGCUGAGUAUCAAUAUUUUAGUAGUCCCUAUAUGGGUGGAGAUGAUAAAUAUUUAGAUUAUUGUCCAGUUGUAAUGCCAAACAGCGACGGCAGCUGCAGAGACCUAUUGAGCAUUCCAGUCGAUCUUAAUUAUAAGGCUUAUGGAGAGCAGUCAGGUGAUUCUUCUAGAUGUCUAGAAGGGACUUACGUUAACAAGCUUUCUAAUUUUAGUAUCAAUUAUCAUGCUGGAUGCCAUAAAAUUACUUGCCAAGGAUCAAUAGCUACUGUUCAUAUUGGCCAGGAAGUAAUUUAUUGUACACCUUCUGGAGGGCUUCAAACUAUAAGAGGAUAUAAUGGAGUCAUUAAAUGCCCUCCAUCAGACAUUCUAUGCAGAAACUUGCCCUGCAUUAAUGGAUGCUCUGGAAGAGGACUUUGUGUCGAUGGAAGCUGCAACUGUGAUAGCGGGUAUUCAGGAAAUUCAUGUGAAAAUCGUUCCGAAACGCUUAUGAAUGCUUUAUUUUUCCUGAUGAUAUUUGUGAUAAUUUAG